ACAAUGAUUGUGUAGAUAUGGGUGGAUUUCUACAAAUAAAUAAAUAAAUGAUGAAAAUUAUGGAUUGGAAACUGAGCUUAUUAUUAGUUCAAAUAUUUAUUAAAACAGGAGUAUUAAGCCUGUCCUGUCACUCUUGUGGAACCCUAUCUGAGGAUCCACUAGGGAUUGAAGAUUGUGUAGAAUCAGAUAGAAAACUUGUCAGAUGUCAGGAGGGAGAAUAUUGUCUAACUUUUGUCAGGAACUAUAAACUGGGAUCUGAACCAGUUCGGGGUUGUUAUCCUUUGAACCGAACCUUGCCUGGUUUAGUUAAAGUUCUUCAACCUUCUCCGACAUGUAUUUUAGAACCAGAGGGAGCUGGUCCUGUCAAGUACUGUAUGUGCGACCAGGACAACUGCAACGACGUGGAGUACAACGUCUACCUGGAGCGUGCGCGGGACCUCUUCACAAACCUGAGUAUGCGCGCUCAAGAUUUUAUUUUUCCUUUUGAUAAUAGCAGCAGGGUGAGCAGGAGUAGGGUAGGUAAACAAACUAGGUUGCAGUGCUACACGUGUGGAUCCCUUUUCAACAGGGAUUCUCCAGCCUGUGAUAGGUUUGAUCCACAGAAUCCCGGUCAGCUUACAACCUGUAAUGAUGGAGAAGCGUGCCUGCUUUAUACCUGGAGGAAAUCUAAAACAGAACUAGGAUCGUAUCGAGAGUGUUUUACCACAAGUAUUCUCCUGGGGCACCCUGAUUAUCCAAUCCGUCCUGCUCCGACCUGUAAACCUACCAGGACCCAGAGAGAUGAGCGGAGUAGUAUCAGAGCUUGUCUCUGUACUAACGAUAAAUGCAAUAUAUUGGACGAAGAGCUAGAUUCUGUUCGGGCUCCAAGGGUUAUUUUUCCAGACCGUGAGUCCCCCUCGUGUCCUAGCCUAUCUGUAGGAAAAGCUGAUUAUGCGGACUGCAAUGGAGAAUAUGAGAUUGUUGAUGAUUUUGUGGACUGGGCUCCAGCAAGAUUUGUUUACAAACAUACAAGCAAAGACAGAUACAUAUUUUGGAAUGCUGGAGGGCUCGGAUGGUCUAUAGGAAAAAAAGAUUAUCUUAAAUCUGGCAGCCAUUGGCAUAGAAGUGGACUAGAUACAAAAGAACCCUGGGAGGGGAGAUGGGAAGGCGGCGUAACUGUUGAGUGUUCAGAAUCUGGACCUCCUGUGGACUGCCUAUGGUCCGGGUACAAUACAUGGAGUACAUGUUCUAGUACAUGUGGUCAGGGAGAACAGUUUAGAGAACGCAAGGUUUUGCAACCAGCACGGGCUGGAGGAAGACAAUGUAUAGGAGAUGUACGAGAAACUAGAUCAUGUACAUCUAGACCAUGUCCCAGGAGUUGUGAGUGGGGAGAAUAUGAACCUUGGUCUGAUUGCUCUAAAACUUGCGGAGGAGGAACACAACAGAGGCGGCGGCAAAUAUCCCGCCGAGCUGACCCUGGCGGCGCCGAGUGCGACGGUAAACCGGUAGAUGUCAGGUUCUGUAAUACACAGGUCUGCAGUACAGAAACAGAAUCAGACCCGGAUACGGAUGAGGAUUUGGAAACGAACUCAAUCAAUGGAAUACGUUUUCCGGAAAAAAGUCUCCGGAAUGCAACGGAACAAAGUUUCAAAGUUAACAUUUCUUCUUCAAAAGACAGUAUCAGUGCUACUGAAAAAAUCCCAAUUACAAUCAAAGAAAGCAUCAAAGCUGGUGAAGAAAAUAAAAAGUCUGCAGAGUUGGAAUGUAUUUGGUCCCAAUGGGGCUCCUGGUCCCGCUGCACCAGGGGGUGUGGGGUUGGGAUCCAGAAGAGGUUUCGACUUCUCCUAGUAGGACCGGAGAUACAGGAGCAAACCUGUCCCGGAGCAACUCAAGAAGUUAGGAUUUGUAACAGGCAUUCAUGCCGUUCAGAUGGUUGCUGUAGCCAGGUGGUUGUAGCAUCUACUGGAAAUGCUAGAAUUGACCAGGCUCUGUAUAUGGGUAUCUACACCAGGGUAGAUAACAAGUAUAAUGGUAGACCUGUAUAUAGAAGACAAGGAAGGAAUUCUCUCUUUAUCUACUUUUUUACAAGUGAGCGGGACCAGCUGAGUUUAUGGGUGAUAGGUCCUGAGCUUGGACAAUUUAUAGCUGGGAUUAGAAAUAGUAAACCAGCAAACUGUGUUCAUGAACUAGUCUCAGGAUGGAAAUAUGCUUCAAGGUAGGAUAAUUUUCUAGAC